AUGGAACUUGAGGCUGUUCUUACCCUCUUCGAUUCAUGUUGGUUCAAUCUCGAAAUCCUUAAUAAAAAUUCAAAUUCAACCCCUUUAUCAAGUUACCAGAAAAACCCAGAUGACAAGAUUCAAGAAAAUUCACCUGAAACUGUAUUUGAUUCACCAAAAUUAGAAAUCCAAAUCGAGUCACAAAGUGAUGAUUUGAGCUACAAUUCAGAUUCUUUCUCACCCGAUUCAGUUCUUCAAACAACCCAUUUUCAACCUGAUUUUAAAAGGGCGGAACUGAAAAAAGUAAAGGGUAGAAGAAGGGAUCAAUUAAGGAGAAAAAGAACAACAAAAAGGGGUCUUACCAAGAGCUUAUCAGAGCUAGAAUAUGAAGAGCUAAAAGGGUUUAUGGAUCUUGGAUUUGAAUUCUCAGAAGAAGAUAUAAAUUCUAGUUUGGUUAAUAUUAUUCCAGGUUUACAGAAAUUGCGUAAAAACAGGGAUAGUGAUGAUGAUCAACAAAAAGUGAACUUUUUUGAGAAAUCUGAUAAGUCAAGAGCCAGGCCCUAUCUUUCUGAAGCGUGGGGAGUUAUUGAAAAGACGAAGAAAAUGAAUCCAUUGAUGAAUUGGAAAUUACCAGAAACAAGAAAUGAAAUUGACAUCAAACAUAGUCUCAAAUGGUGGGCUCAUACUGUUGCUUCCUCUGUUAAACAACCGAACAGAGUUUAA